AUGGCGGAAGGGCAGUCACGAGGUCAGCUGCUUGUACGACGGGACACACUGAUUGCUGCUCUGGGUCGGGCAGAUGCGUUUGCUGCCGGAUACGACGCUCAACGGGACCAUACGCAGGUGACUCUGAGGCUCGAGUACCUGAACGGAGUAUGGAACAACCUGGAGACGGUGCAGGCGCAGCUUGAGGACGACGAGACCACCGAGGAAGCUGUCAAGGGGGAAGCUGCUCAGUUGAUCGAGUCGAUUGGUAUCAGUUCCGCUAACUACGUUUUGGCUUGGCAGACAUUGGAGAAUCGGUAUUCGAAUGACUACUUGCUAAAGAAGCGGCAUAUGCAGGCACUCUUCGACAUCCCGCGCAUGAAGAAGGAGUCAGCUGCAUCACUACAUGGGUUGGUUGACGAGUUCGAGCGGCAUACGAAAAUCUUGCAUCAACUGGGAGAACCAACCGACGCUUGGAGCACUAUAUUGGAACAUCUGCUGUGUACGCGCCUGCACGAUGAUUCACUGAAGGCAUGGGAGGACCAUGCGUCGACGGUAGCGAAUCCCGACUACGCCUGUCUCAUCGAGUUUCUGCAGCGGAGAACACGAGUGCUAGAAUCCAUCUCUGUGAACCAUCAUACAGUAGAAUCAGCAUCAACUUCUGGUAUUUCGGCUUAUCCACCAAAGAAGAAUCAUCUCCACUCUCAGUUCCGCUUUACUUCGUGUGCAUCGACUGCAAGUUUGGGUGAAAAGUGCAUCGCCUGCAACCAGUCGCAUUCCGUGACGAAGUGCCAGAAAUUCAACCGGAUUUCACCGACUGAACGUCAGCAGCUUGUGAAUUCCAAACGCCUUUGUCACAACUGCUUGAAGGGUGAUCAUUUUGUCCGCAAUUGUCCUUCAAAUUUCAGCUGCCGGAAAUGCAAUCGACGUCACCAUACGCUUCUUCAUUCCGGGCAGAGCGAUGGUUCCCGAAAGAACGUUAGCGAAGGAGCUUCCUCUAGUCCUGGUGUAACCGCUUCUACUACGCCAUCUAAUGGGUCUUCUGUGGUCGAGUCAUCUACGCAAUCUACGGUGGCUGCUACUGAGAAUGUUCCUGUGGUCGAAGUUAGUUCUGCUCUACAACAUCCUCGCGAAGACGUCUUUCUUCUCACUGUCAUUGUGAAGGUCAUCGACACCUACGGUGUGGAACAUCUAGCUCGUGCACUUCUGGACAGUGCGUCGCAGCCGAAUCUCAUCACGGAUCGCAUGGCGCAAAUUCUACGAUUGCGGAGACAACCCGUGAAUGUUACGGUACAGGGAGCCGGCAAGCUAUCUAAGCCGGUACGUGAAUCGGUGUUUGCACAGGUACAUUCAAGGACGGGUGACUUUUCGUGUGGUGUCAACUUCUUGGUGAUGGACAAAGUGACGGCAAAUCUCCCUUCGCAAAGUGUUUCAACUGUGGGAUGGAAGAUUCCGAAGGGGUUGCUUCUGGCUGAUCCAUCCUUCAACGAAAGUCAACCGAUCUACAUGGUUUUGGGUGCUCGGCACUUCUACUCCUUCUUCCCCAGCGCUGCACGCAUUCAGCUUGAUAGAAAUCUUCCGAUUCUGGUCGACAGCGUCUUCGGCUGGAUUAUCGUAGGCUCGGCUAGCACAAACCCCCCCGAGCAGCCUGCUCCUACGCCCACCACUUGCGAUGCAGUCACUGUUUCAAUGCUUUCGCUAGAGGAUUGCUUGGAGCGUUUUUGGAAAACCGAAGAGCUGACAACGAACGACAUUUACUCAAUAGAAGAACGACGCUGCGAAUCCUUGUACCAAUCUACAGUAUCUAGGAACUUCGAAGGUCGAUAUAUUGUUAGAUACCCUCGGAAGCCUGAUUUUGAUGUGAUGCUUGGCGAAUCCAGAAGCAGUGCACAGCGACGGUUCGGAUAUCUGGAAAGACGACUGGAACGAAACUCGAAAUUGAAGGACGAAUAUCAUCAGUUCAUGCGAGAGUAUCUCUCCCUCGGCCACAUGCGUCUGGUCGAAGCGGACGACGAACACAACUCUACAGCAUACUAUCUACCUCACCACCCCGUAAUCAAGGAAGCAAGUACGACGACUAAGGUACGGGUCGCGUUUGACGGCUCUGCGAAGACUUCUUCCGGCUUCUCCCUCAAUGAAGCUCUUUGCGUAGGUCCCGUGGUGCAGGAUCUGCAGAACAUCAUCUUGCGGUUUCGAACCUUUUCCGUUGCUCUCGUUGGAGAUAUUGCCAAAAUGUACAGGCAGGUACAGGUCCACUCUGACGACACACCGUUACAACGCAUUCUGUGGCGAUUCUCCCAACAUUCUCCAGUCCAGACGUACGAACUACUGACCGUUACUUACGGCUUAGGUCCAUCAUCGUUCUUAGCGACACGAACUCUCCAGCAACUAGCGGUGGAUGAAGGUGAUGCGUACCCGGUAGGCGGUCCAGCAUUGAAAAAGAGUUUUUACGUCGACGAUUUCGUCGGUGGAGCUGAAACCAUUGAUGAAGCUAUCCGUAUGCGAGUAGAGCUGAACGAACUUCUGCAGAAAGGAGGAUUCGAGCUCAGAAAAUGGACGUCGAACUGUCUCGAAGUCCUCCAAGGUCUCUCUGACGAUCAGAUCGGCACCUGGGAGCCUGAAGCAGAUUACCUCCGUUUUCAUUCGCAGAUUCGAUCUAGCAGUGAACAUCCAACGAAGCGGUCUAUCCUCUCCGACAUCACCAAGUUAUUUGACCCUCUUGGACUCAUUGCCCCCGUCGUCGUACGUGCGAAAAUCCUGAUGCAGGAAUUGUGGUUGUUGUCCUGUGAUUGGGAUGAUCCUGUUCCAGAACCGAUCAAAUCGAGAUGGGAAAUCUACCACCAAGAGCUGGUGAAAAUAUCUGAGCACCAUGUCAAUAGAUAUGCAUUUCUUCCGAGUUCCUUUAUACAGCUGCACACUUUCGCGGAUGCUUCCCAGGCAGCAUAUGGAGCUUGUACGUAUGUCCGAUGUGAAGACGACCAAGGAAAUGUGAGGAUUCAACUGGUAGCGUCGAAAUCCCGAGUAGCCCCGCUGAAACGAAUCACCAUCGCCCGUUUGGAAUUAUGCGCAGCCGUGCUAGCCGCUCAUCUACACGCGCGAAUCAAAAAGGCCAUCGACGUCAACGUUUCUGCAUCGUACUUUUGGUCAGAUUCCGCCGUCACUCUACAGUGGUUACGAUCACCUCCGAACGUCUGGCCGACCUUCGUCGCAAACAGAGUCACGGAAAUACAGCAGUACACGAACGGAUGUCAGUGGAAACACGUUCCCGGAGCUGAAAAUCCUGCCGACCUGGUCUCGCGCGGCAUGUCAGUCGACGAAUUUCUACAAAGCGACUUGUGGAGCUGUGUCCCAGGCUGGUUGUCACUGUCACCACAAGAUUGGCCAAUUUUCAUUCCCCCAGGCGUGCCAGCGGAAGAGCUGGAGUUAAAAACUACGGUUGCACUCACCCAAGCAGCUCCUACCGUUCAUCCCUGGUUUCUCCGUUGGUCUUCCUACAGCCGAUUACUCCACGUCAUCGGAUAUUGUAUGCGAUUUUUCACCAACACCCGUUCAAAAGCACGAACCCAACCUUCGCCAUCCCCCAUUCCGGUCGACCAAUCACUCACCGUAGCAGAACUAGCCAAUGCCAAAACGUUUCUCGUCCGACUCGCCCAGCAGGAUGGAUACGCCGCAGAAAUAAAGCAACUGGAAAAGGAAAACACCGUGCCGAAGCAGUCCCACAUUUGCCGAAUGAGCCCAUUUUUCGACCCAGAGAGAGUGUUGAGAAUGGGAGGUCGUUUAAAUCUUGCCCAGUUACCCUAUCAAGCAAAGCACCCUGCGCUUAUUCCCACCAACCAUCCGUUCACUCGACUAAUCGCUGAACAUUUUAAUCACAAACUGCUGCACGGCGGCGGGCGUCUGCUGCUUACUACGAUUCGCGAAGAAUUCUGGCCACCCCGCGGCCGUAGACUGGUUCAAAGCUUACCUAUCCAGCGUGUGAUCCCAAGUCGUCCAUUCAGCAUCACCGGUGUUGACUAUGCUGGCCCACUCUACCUUCGUCCAAUACACAAACGUGCCGCACCUGCAAAGACUUACCUGUGCCUCUUCGUAUGCUUUUCAACCAAAGCAGUGCAUUUGGAAUUAGUCAGUGAUUUGUCCACUCAAGCAUUCUUGUGUGCCCUGCGACGAUUUAUCGCUCGUCGUGGACGGCCCACGCACAUCCACUCAGACAACGGGAAAAAUUUCGAGGGGGCAAAAAAUGAGCUGGCUGAACUGUUUGCCAGAUUUCAUAACCGUGCUGAACAGGCUGAAAUAGCUUCUGUGUGUGCCGAGGAAGGGAUCACCUGGCAUUUGACACCACCCAAGGCACCUCACUUUGGCGGCCUGUGGGAGGCAGCAAUCAAAACAGCCAAAAAACAUUUGUACCGACAGCUCGGUUCAUCUCGCCUUACGUUCGAGGCUAUGUGUACCAUACUAACACAAAUCGAAGCGAUCAUGAAUAGCCGACCAUUGCUUCCACUUUCGGAGGACCCCAACGACCUAGCUGCAUUGACACCAGCGCACUUUCUCGCCGGUUCAUCACUGCAUGCCCUGCCCGACCCAGAUUUAAUGAACGUACCUGCGAACAGACUCGACCACUAUCAACAGCUGCAAGUUCAUGUGCAGCAAUUUUGGUCGCACUGGAAGAAGGAGUACCUGCAAGAGCUGCUGAAAGAUACCCGUGGUUGGAAACGCAACAACGAAAUUGUUCCGGGGAGAAUGGUCAUCUUAGUCGACGAAAUGCAACCACCGGUUCGAUGGCCACUCGCCCGCAUAGCAGCAGUUUUGCCCGGCAAAGAUCAUCUUGCACGAGUUGUUUUGCUCCGUACAGCUCGUGGCAUCAUCACUCGUCCGAUCGCUAAAAUUUGUCUGCUACCUUACUCUACGGUGGCAUCCGAAGCAGAAAAACAUCCAGCAACAAUCAGCGACGCACCAACAACCUAA